CGCCCCUUAACUCCUUCAACGGCCUGUGUUUGGAUAGAGCCAAUCAGAAUAGUUUACUUGUUGAAAUCCUUUAGCCAUGGCUGCAACACUGAGCAUUCAAGGAUCAUGCCUUAUCAAAAAUUCUCAUCACCAUUCAAAUUCCUCCAAUGCCCAGACUGACCAGCAGCUAAAGCAGGUGUUUUUACAUUUACCAAUUUCUAGAAGAUCUGUAAUUCUUAUCUCUGUGUUGCCCUUGAGCCUCAAUUUGGUUCCUCAACCAUCUUUGGCCAGAGAACGGCGCAAUAAGAAGAACAUCCCUAUUGAAGAUUAUCAAACUAGCUCUGAUGGAUUGAAAUACUAUGAUAUUCUUGAAGGAAAAGGUCCUGUAGCUGAAAAGGGCUCCACUGUACAGGUACAUUUUGAAUGUCUAUAUCGUAAUAUUACUGCAGUUUCAAGUCGAGAAUCCAAAUUGUUGGCUGGAAAUCGUAUAAUUUCACAGCCUUAUGAGUUCCAGGUUGGAGCUCCUCCAGGGAAAGAGCGGAAACGUGAUUUUGUGGACAAUCCAAAUGGUUUAUUUUCUGCUCAAGCAGCUCCAAAACCUCCAAAAGCAAUGUAUACAAUAACUGAAGGGAUGAAAGUUGGAGGAAAGAGGACUGUGAUCGUUCCUCCAGAAGCUGGGUAUGGCUCAAGGGGGAUGAAUGAGAUUCCGCCAGGGGCUACAUUCGACUUGAAUAUUGAACUUUUGGAAGUAAUAAAACCAGAAGGGAAGCAAUAGGUGUUGGAGUGUAGAAGAUUUUUUUGCCUUUCCUUUCUUCAUUGUUGUAAAAAUUUGGUUGUCUUUCAUAUACCCCAACCUAUAUGAAAUCUAUAGCAGUUCUCGCUUGCUCUUCAUGUGACUUGAACCGCAACCUAUUGGUUGGAGGUGGAGAAGCGGAUGCCUCGCCAACUGUGCGAAUUCCUCUCGUCAACAUUUUGUUAAGUUAUAGCAAGUGAUCAUUCUUUUAGCUUUUAAAAUGUAGAAGCUCAAAUAUUGUCCCAUGAUUCUUGCUUCAUGUUAAUUAUUCAAUAUUUGCUGUUUGUAUGUACAAGUAACUUGUUUCC